AUGUCAGACUUCGCGCUAUCUUCAAGUCAGGCAAACGCUGAAAUCUCCGCCUCUGAUGCCACUACUGUCGAUGGUCAGAGUUUCUGGGACAACGACAAUUUGAGGGGUCGACUUCAAGCUGCCUUGCGCCAGGAGAUCAGAAACCGGCUGCAUCCUAACAAAGAAGUUGAGGCAUACUGGGCUAAGAAAGAUGCUGCUGCGAAGCUGGCAUUGAAGGCUAUUUUGGGCGGUGGGGAUGAAGACGAGGCGAUGAACGAUGCAGGAGAGUCAGAAGCGCGAGGAGAGUUAGCGGCUACUAUUGAUCAUAUGCACGUUGAUGCAUGA